UUGCACAAAACACAGUCAAACAUGGCGUAAGGCUGCAAAAGCUGAGAAGUUCAGUGAAUGCAAUUUGCGAAAAAGUGCGAUUUUUUCUGCGACAAGUGAACUUAUUUGUGACUUUGGUGAAAAGUGAGGCAUUUACAAGUGCACCCGUGCUAAAAUGUCAGCAAUUGAGGGGGUGGAACACAUCGAAAAGGAGCAUUUUUCCCGGAAAGAAAAUGACGUCGAACCUCCCUGCCCGAGAACAAUGACGACGACUGACGCGACACAGGCGGCACUUCGGGGAACUGCACAGCAACAACAACAAGUUGAUGCGGGUGUAUUGGUGCCCGUGGAUGGUGGUGUGAGUGUCGAGCAGGGCGCUAUGGGUGAGGGGCCACAGGGUGGCGGAGGUGCUGCUACGGGGGGUGGGGAAAGGCCCAAGGGGAAGCGGAAGUGCCGCCGUGGGCGUGCCAAAGCAAAGAGGAAUAAUAGUCAGGUGAAGCCCUAUGCGUGGAAGAUUCCUCUGUCCAGUAGGCGCUCCGCAGCCAGCAUCCGGAGCUCCAUUGUGCCAUACAACACCAAUAAAUUCCUCAUGGAGGAUCACAUGCCCGAAAUGCAGGCACCAAAGGGACGUCAGCGUGAUCCGAGCCUAUCGCUGGAUUCGGAUGAGAACUACUUCUGUAGCCUGCCCGAGGAUGAGGAGGAGUUCCUCACCAAAGAAUUCAGCAGUGUGUAUGAGAAUGCAAAGUGCGAGCGCCUCGAUGGGCUGACGAAGAGUCAACUGAUCCAGGAGUACCUACAGCUGGAGGCCAACUUUGAGAUGGUGAGCAAGAAGCUGAACAGAGAGAAUACCCAGAGACAUGCUGAUGCCAAAGAACAGAUGCUGCAGCACAACAGCUACGAGGUUCAGGAUCACAUUCGCAACCUCGAGGAGCAGAUCCACAAGCUCACAGAAGAUAAUAUGGAUCUCAGCAGACAGUUGGAGUUCUACCGGAGCAAUGUCCCUCCAGCAGCUAGAAUGGUGUGCUCGAGUAGUGAGGACAGUGAGAGUGACAGCUCAUCCAGUAGCAGUAGCUCCAGCAGCAGCAGCUGCUCGAGUCGUGAGCAGGUGACGAUGUUCUGUGAUGAGGAGGAUGAAGCCCAGGCGAUCCCGAAGGUGCCGCUCUGCAAUGGCUACUCACAUUCCCAGUCACCGCCACAGUACAAUGGGGAACUCCUCAAUGGGCAGCACCCACUGUCACCCAAUCCUCAGUCACCCCCACAGUAUAAUCCCCUCUCGCCGCGUGGGUAAAGCCUCGCAUCCACCACCAACGAAAGGCAAUGCUUUUUAGAUUCUCCAUCACACACACACACAUACCCCAUUCCCAGGGAUCUACUUCAAUGAAUUCCCCCAGACAUCCCUCGAAAUACCCAGGAGAAAUGUGAAAGGAACAAUUGAUAAUAAAAUUGCUUAAAUUUUCUAAAGAAAUAAAA